UAAAACUAUUUUUGGGAAUUGCUGUGUUUUUAAUUACAAAUGUACUAUUUUUCUUCAUAUUUUAACUAAAUGUACUUCUCAUAAUGUCACUAUUACAAACAAUUUCCUAUACUGAAUAUCAAAAAGCUUUAGCUCUAAAUAUCGAAUCAUGUGAAAUGUUAGCAAAACUUGCAGAUUUGAAAUUGAAUUUCCAAAACAGUAAAAAACCUGGGGAAGUUUUGAUGAAGUCUCUGGACCGAUGUGGUUACUCUGUACAACAAUAUAGAAAAUUAUUGACCGCAGCAUUGAACACGAAAACAAUAUUGAUUUACUAUAAACCUCAAAGCAAGGUAGCAAUACUCAUAGGAAACAAUAAAUACAGUCAAUUGACUAAACUUGUUACACCAACAAUUGAUUGUGAUUCUUUAGCUUCUAAUUUAAAGAGAUUAGGUUUUAUAGUUAUUAUAUUAAAGAAUUUGACUGCAGCUGAAUUGAAAUCAUAUUUAUCGAGAAUAUUUGAAUUGAUUCCAGAAGAUUCUUAUACAUUUAUUUUCUAUGCGGGUCAUGGGUGUGAGAUAUGCAAUACAAGAUGUUUACUCUGUGUGGAUUGUCCUAUAGAAGAUAUUAAUAUAGAACAUUGUGUGACGGAGAAUUGGAUGCUUAGAGAAGUGGCUAAAUGCAAGCCAGAAUUAUGUAUCUUGAUCUUAGAUAUGUGCAGAAAUGUUUUAGAUAGGUUUGCAAAUCCCAAAAUCUACACAGCAAUGACGACAGUUGAAGAGUAUACAAUCCAUCGUAAUUUAUUAAUAAGUUAUUCUACUCAGUCAUCUGAAGUUGCUUACGAGUUGUUGCAAAUUGAAUGUUCUACAACCAUAGACUAUACCUAUGAAGUAAAGACGGGUGACACAGAUAAAAUUAUGCCCGGUGCGAGUUUAUAUGCAAAUGCUUUGUGUACGAGAUUGGUUGAGAACUUGGAUGUCAGUUCAAUGUUGGAUAGAGUACAUGGUGAUAUGGAAACUGGUAUAAAACGACAAAGGCCUAUAAAAGUACAAUGUGGAGUCUCCAAGAGGUCUUUAUAUGAUCCUGUUAAAGGUGACUCAGAGAUAAUCUUGAACAAAUUGAAAGAAACAUUGGUAGACGAAAGAGAUAAUUGUGCUGUAUUUUAGUAUCUAAAUAAAUUAGUGGCACUCAAAGUGUUAAGAAUAUGCUCUCUCAAGAGUAAUUUAUUUAAAUUGACGUUAAAAUUUUUAUAUAUAGAU